GGGAUUGAAUCAGGUACUCAACUUGCUGCUAUACGGGUGUGUAGGCUUUUAGAGGGACUUUCGAAAUCUCGGAUAUAUUCUCAACGUGUGUGUGUGAGCGUGCCAGAGAGAGACAGCCAUGUGUACUGGAGGCUUCGCCAAGUGCCUGGGCAUCACCCUGAUCCCACUGGCCAUCCUGAGUGUCCUGUGCAACAUCCUGCUAUUCUUCCCCGGAGGCAAAGUGGCCGACAACAGCGACCACAUCACGGAUGAGGUGUUUUACUUCGGAGGGCUCCUGGGAUCUGGAGUGCUGAUGAUCUUCCCAGCUCUGGUCUUCCUCGGGCUCAAGAACAAUGACUGCUGUGGUUGCUGUGGCAACGAGAGCUGUGGGCAGAGAUUUGCGAGUUUCACCUCCAUCAUCUUCGCUGCUGUGGGAGUCGCCGGGGCCGGAUACUCCCUCAUCAUAUCAUCCGUGGCCAUCAACAAGGGACCCAUUUGUGGAUUUGGAACAUCUCCCACGAAUCUGACAUGGGGCUACCCCUUCGACAAUGGUAACUACCUGUCCAACUCCACCCUGCACGAUUUGUGUCAGGCACCGGAAGGCAUCGUGACGUGGCACCUGACCCUCUUCGCCAUCCUGGUGAUCACGGCCCUGGUGCAGGUGGCACUCUGCGGCUUCCAGGCCAUCAACGGUCUCAUCGGCACCAUCUUCGGAGACUGCUGCGGCUGCUGUGGGAGCGAUGGAUCGUAGGACGACCUGAGACUUCCUGAAGAACACGGUUCUGACCUUUGUGCGAAGCGGUCGCUCUUUUCUAUCAGUUGAAACUCUACAGGGGCUACCUGCUUGAUGCGGACGCUUAUGAUGGCAGGGAACAUUCCAGAUCCACUCUCAGAGAUACUUAUUUUUUUUGACUAUUUAUUCUGAAUAUAUAUAUUUUUUUUUUACUGUUCGGCGAAUUAAAGCUAUGAAUGUAAUUCUAUCCCUAUUUCAAUGAAUGAAUUAAUUUUAUAGUAUAACAAUGUCAUAAUUAUUAUA